AUGGCAGUGCGGAAAAGAACAUCGUUGCUAGUGGGGGCGUUGCUACUGACGUCGAUUGCGUCUGCGGCCGCUGUUGCGGACGUGCAAAAGGACACUGUGGCAGAGAACAUGGGGCAGCAGGACAAGGCGUUCAAGAUGUCUCCCCAGGACAAGACGUUUGGAUCCAACAAAUUUGACGAGGCCGACAAGUUCAAAGCGCCAACGAAGGCUCCUAGCGGUGAGGAGAACAGUCUUGAUCCGGGUACGACGUUUGAAAAGGGCAACAAGGCCGAAGAGCCGGCCAUUAUUGAUGAUUACGAUCCCAACCGACUAGGUGUGUCGGCUGAAGAUGCAGCAGCAGAUCAAAGUGGCCGCAAGAAGCCCACCAAAGACCAGCCUGCUGAGGAAUCGACGCCGGAUAGCAGCGACCCCAAGGCAGGGCUGUCGACUGGUAAGGGCGCCAACUCUGGUGGUGUGGGAUCCGCUAGUUCUGAAGUCACCCACAAAAAGACCGAUUCCACUGAGACCGCCGCUCACGAAGACGAAGUGGAAUCUGAAAUCAGCAGCAGCGGCCAUUUCAUCAUGUCGUUCACCAUGAUCAUGAUGUCUGAAAUCGGUGACAAAACGUUCCUGGUGGCUGCCCUGAUGGGUAUGAGACACAACCCGUGGUUCGUUUUCUCUGCCAGCUACUCGGCUUUAGCCAUCAUGACCCUACUCUCAGCCGUGCUGGGUACUAUUUUGCCAUCGCUGCUAUCCAAAAAAUUCACAACCAUUCUCGCUGCCAUUCUCUUUGUUGUUUUCGGUGCAAACCUUUUACGCGAAGGAUUGACUAUGGACGCAAAGGGCCACGUCGAGGAAGAGAUGCACGAGGUGGAGCACGAGAUCGAGCUUUCGGAACAGACCACUAGCCAGGACGACCUGGAGAAGGGCGGCAGCUCAACCUACACAAACAACGCGAGCAAAUUAAGUAAAGCCAUUGAGGGCAUCUCGAACUUGGCCGGCCUGGUGUUUUCUCCUCUUUGGGUCCAAAUCUUUAUCAUGACAUUUUUGGGUGAAUGGGGCGAUCGAUCGCAGAUCGCAACCGUUGCCUUGAGUGCAGCAGGCCACUUCUGGGAUGUCUGCUUCGGAGCGUUGGCCGGCCAUGCACUGUGCACGCUGGGCGCUGUGAUCGCUGGCUAUUUCGUUGCAACCCAUUUGUCGAUGCGAACCAUCACCCUUGCUGGAGCAAUAGGCUUUUUCGUUUUUGGAAUCGCAUACCUUUACGAGGGUCUCUACACGCACUGA